GCGAACACUAGGAACUAUUGUCGCGGGAUGUGUUUCCACACGGACUUCGUCCUUCGCCUCCUCACUUCCUGUUGUGCAUCCACGUGGGUCUCGUGCUGAUGCUAACAGUAGUGCUUCAACUUUUACAUGAGUGUAUGUGUUAUGAUUGAAAACUCUGUCUGAUCGCUUUAGAGAUGCAGGUGUCCAGCGUGAAUAACGUGAAGAUCUAUAAUCUGAGUCAUGGGAAAUCUCUUCCGGAGCAUUGCCCGAGACGUCUGGUAAUUUCUUCAAUCGUAUCUUUAACAGACAUCCAGAAGAGGAUUGAGCUGAUUCAGGAUUUCGAGAUGCCCACAGUCUGCACCUCCAUCCGAGUGUCACGCGACGGCCAGUUCAUUUUAGCUGCAGGCACAUACAAACCUAGAGUCCGAUGCUAUGAUACUUACCAGUUGUCUCUGAAAUUUGAGAGGUGCCUGGAGUCUGAUGUGGUGACGUUUGACAUCCUAUCUGAGGACUACUCUAAGCUAGUGUUUCUGCAUAUAGACCGCUAUGUGGAAUUCCACUCUCAGCACGGCCAUUACUACAAGACCCGCAUCCCAAAGUUUGGCCGGGAUUUUUCCUACCACUACCCUUCCUGUGAUCUCUACUUCGUGGGUGCCAGCUCAGAGGUCUUCAGACUGAAUCUUGAACAAGGCAGGUUCCUGAACUCCUUACAGACAGAUGCAGCAGAAAUCAACGUGUGUGACAUCAACCCUGUUCAUCAGUUAUUUGCUGCGGGGACAUUAGAGGGCAGAGUGGACUGCUGGGACCCUCGUGUCCGGAGUCGAGUGGCUGUUUUGGACUGCGCUCUCAGCAGCAUCACUGACGGGACGGAGGUGGAAGGUCUGCCGUCCGUCAGCGCACUGAAGUUUAAUGGCUCUCUGGGCAUGGCGGUGGGCACCAGCACUGGACAGGUUCUCGUGUAUGAUCUUCGUUCUUCACGUCCUCUGCUGGUUAAAGAUCAUUACUAUGGGCUGCCCAUCAAGUCCCUUCACUUCCACGACCAGCUGGACCUGGUGCUCUCCGCCGACUCCAAAAUCAUCAAGAUGUGGAACAAAGACAACGGAAAAGUAUUUUCCUCCAUCGAACCGCAGGCCAACAUCAACGAUGUGUGUCUCUACCCCGGCUCCGGUAUGCUCUUCACUGCCAAUGAAGAUCCCAAGAUGAACACCUUUUACAUCCCUGCUCUCGGUCCGGCUCCACACUGGUGCUCCUUCCUGGAUAACCUGACAGAGGAGCUCGAGGAGAACCCAGAGAGCACCAUCUAUGACGACUACAAGUUUGUCACCCGCAAAGACCUGGAGAACCUGGGUCUGACGCAUCUGAUUGGCUCGCCUCUGCUCAGGGCCUACAUGCACGGCUUCUUCAUGGACAUCAGGCUCUACCACAAGGUGAAGACCAUGGCGAACCCAUUCGCUUAUGAAGAGUACCGUAAGGACAGAAUCCGGCAGAAGAUCGAGGAGUCGCGAACCCAGAGAGUGCAGCUCAAGAAGCUGCCCAAGGUCAAUAAGGAGCUGGCCAUGAAACUCAUGGAGGAAAGUGAGCUUCCAACCAGGAAGAAGAAGAAAAAGGGCAAUGUCGUGGACAAUCUCCUGUCGGACGACCGGUUCAAGGUGAUGUUCGAGAACCCUGAUUACCAGGUGGACGAGCGAAGCGAGGAGUUUCGGCUGCUCAACCCCAUCGUGUCUAAAGUGGGAGAAAAGAGGAGGCAGAAACUCAGCCAGCUUGUUCAGCAAGAGGAGCAGCAGGAUGAGGAAGAGGAGGAGGUGGAAGGCCGUGGCAGCUCAGAGGAAGAGGAGAGCUCUGAUGAUGAUGAUAAGAGCUGGGUGGAGGAAGUGAGGGAGCAGCGGCGUCUCAUACGGGCGGAGGAGCGGGAGCGCAGUUUCAACCAGAGGAAGGAGAGAAGGCAGCAGGACCGUGAAACCAGCUUACAGAGCUCCGAUCCAGUCAGGAACCGCCAGCAGGAGCCUCAGAGACACAGCCAGCCCAGAUUCUACCAGAUCAAAGCAGGAGAGGAGUUUCGUAGCUUCGGUGACGUGGCCCGCAAGCAGAAGAUGCAGAAGACGUCUCUGGAGGAGCGACUGCAGCGGGAGGAGAGCUCAGGGAGGUUAAACCUCAAUGACACAGCAGUCGGAAGCAAACAGCUCACUUUCACUCUCAAGAAGACAGAGAAGCAGCGAUUUCAACAGCAGGCUGAACGUGACCAUCAUGAGGAGAGGAGGAAGAUCAGACGGGCGGCUGGACACUUACAUUCUCAAAGGGGAGGAAGAGGAAGAGGCGGAGGAAGAGGAAGAGGCGGAGGUGGAGGAAGAGGAAGAGGUGGUGGAAGAGGAAGAGGAAGGAGACCCUUUUAAACUCAGGACUGAUCGUGCUCAUGGACGUUGACAUGCAGGGCUUUUUAUACAGCCUUAAAACAUGUCUGAUCACAGACAUCUGCAGGAAUUACUUUUGUGUUUCCAGAAACUGUUGUUACAGUUCCAGAUGCUGUCAAUGAUUCAUAUUAAGAGACUGUAUAUCUGUGUCAGACCUCUCUUUUCCCACAACAUCUCUCAAUACGGUCUAAACAGGACCUUGUGUUUUGUAAAGAACCUUAAUACAUUUUUAUCAACA